CAAAUCUCGGGAACAAUAGGGUGCCUGUUCCCCUGGUCCUGCCUCCUCUGAAAAGACCAGGGCUGGAGCCCUGGGGAGUCACUCGAUCCUCAGCUCCCCUACAUGGACAAACCCAGUGGAAACAAGACCCAGUCUCUGCCUCCGUUGCCACCCCCCAGAUCACUGGGUAAGCACCGGAGAGGAGAGAAACAUCCAGUUUCCCCAUCUUGGAAAGAGGAAGCUCUCAUCUUGUUUUCCUCUGGUUCUCCUGGGCUUUUGAGCCAAUGGGAUGCUGAGGAGGAAGAUGAUGGAGAUGCAGAAUAUGAGCUUCCUCCUUGUGAGUCCCUGCCCCUCAAGAUGGCCCCUGCCUGUCCUCUCCCCCUGGAGAAGAAGCAGCUCUAUGUGGAUCGAUCCAUCACCCCUGGACCUCUCAAGCCUAUGCUCCAGCCCACCGCGCUGCUGGCUGCCCUGAGCCUACAGGAGGCUGUGGGUGGAGGAGACCACUUUGGUGGAAAAGAUCCGACGGCAUCUGGGAGCACAGAUCUAGCUGGAGGAGAUGACUCCGAGGAAGCCAUCUACCUGGAACCCAGUCGAGACCAGGACUUGGGUUCCCAGGCCCCACCACCUCCAACCAUGAUCCCAAGACCAACAGUGACCCCCAGAUCUGCCUACAAGCCCACUUCGGUCCCCCAGGAAGCUCGGAGUGGGACAGCAGACAUGGCUUGCAAUGCCCCUCCCUGUAAUCCCCUUCCUUCAGCUGGGAGGAAUCCACUCAAGGGGAAUACCCCUGCCGAUGAGGAGGCCAGCAUGCUGAGUCAGCCCUGGUAUUCCGCACACUGUGACCGACAUACUGUUGAGAAUGCCCUUCUUCACCUCCAAAAGGAUGGCACCUACACUGUUCGGCCCAGCUCAGACCCCCAAGGACUGAAGCCCUUCACCCUGGCUGUGUUCUUCCAUGACCAUGUCUACAAUAUUCCCAUCCGGUGGCUAGAUGCCAGGCAACAAUAUGCUCUAGGUCGGGAGGGCAAGAGCUAUGAAAAGAGACUCAUCAGUUGGAGAGCAGGCCCAGGGCAGGGGAACAUCGCCAGGGGACAAGGCUGCCAAGGACAAUCUGGAGAGUGAGGUGAGCUGGGAGUGAAGAUGAUGAAGCCUCUGAUUCUGAGGCCUGUAAGACAGAGCUCUAGAAUUCUGGGCGCUCAGAGAAGGGUGCCAUGGCGGGGGGAGUUUGGACAGCCUUAGGAGAGGAAGUGGGUCUACAAGAAGAGUGAAGCUGGUGUGAGGAAGAGGAGCAGCAGACCUCCCCAGCGUCUCCCGUCACCAUCACAUCCGCUAUCCUUGGACAAACCAUUUUCACACCCAGCCUCUCCUGUGCCUCACACCAGGGUCACAGAAAGGCCAGCUCACCAAAGACACAGCAAGUCGCCUAUCAGAAUGGCGGCCACUCCCCCAAUGUCAAGGGGGCCUCCCACCUCCCCAGGAACCCACAAACCGAAAUGCUUUUCUCUUGUGUUCUUUUUUUUAAGGCUUUAUAUUGAUAUCUUUUGUAUUUUACCUCACAAUCCUUUCCCAGUGGAAACAGCACUGGGUUAGAGUCUGAGGCCUGGGUUCAAAUACAGACUCUUCUAUUCACUAUCUUGGAAAAGUGAUUUUGCCUCUUUGCACCUCAGUUGUAAAAUGAGUGGUGUGGCUGACAAGGCCUCUCAGGCGCCUUCCCACUCUAAAUCCAUGAAUCAGCCUAUGUACCACUCCUCACACCUGCCCAAAUCCUUCCUUGUAAGAAAUGAGGGAGCAAACAAUGAAGUCCUAGGUAUCCCCCACUCUGCCCCAGUCGUGCCCCACUUCUUCACCAAGAGGAGGCAAGUCGGUGUCACUGUGAAUUUUCUACAGUCGAGACCAGUCAUUACAAACCCUCAGAAUUCCCCUAGUGUUUUUGUCUUUUACAAAGCUUGUCACAAAUGCUGUUUCUGUGUUUGUUUUUCCCGUAACGCCAUGCUGCCAGCCUUGGGAAAGCCUCCCUGCUUUGCAGCAGUCUCACCCCUUCAUUCAGAGUAGAUGCCUUUCAUUCCCCAGGGGAGGACGCUGAAGCCCAGAGAAGGGCCACACAACUUAAUUGAUCUUUAGUACUGCUUACUGCUAAGUGAGAGUUCCAGUGGAGGUCCCUCGAUUCCCAGUCCAGUAUUUUACUAACCAGAUCUUUCAACCCUCAAAAAAAUACUUCUCUGUCAUAUGUGACGGCUUUAUGGGAGGGGGAGAGGGAAGGAUGCUUGGGAUAACUACGGUGA